GUUGGAGAAACAGAAACUUCAGGGGGUUUUUAUAGAAAUAAAAAUAUGGUCAAGGGGUUGCACAGAAAUCUUAGGAUAAACUAGGCAGAGGGCAGAUAGGAUAAUCACCUCACCACCAGUCAGCAUUCUUGACGAUCAGGUCGAGCAAGGCUGCAACAGGAACUGAAACGUCGUCGUAUCUUGAGCUAAAGAAAACUUGCAAGGCUCAUCAAAAUCAAAAUUGAAGCACCAGAAUUGAAUAAUUGAUAGAAAGAGGAGGAGGAAGAAGAAGAUGAGGCCAGUUUGCCCAUUUGUGAAAGCCGCUCGGCCACCAGAGCCAAGCAAGAAAGAGUCCUCAGCUGACACAGCUACAAUUUCCCCUAAAUGCCCCUUGGGUUACGAUUCUCAGACAUUCAAGCUUGGCCCUCUCAGCUGUAUGAUAUGCCACGCCCUUCUGUUCGACUCUGCCAAAUGCGUCCCUUGUUCUCACUCGUUCUGCAAAGCUUGUAUUUCAAGAUUCAAGGACUGUCCUUUGUGUGGAGCUGACAUUGAGAAGAUCGAAGCCGACAUCAAUCUUCAGAAUUUGGUGGAUCGCUUUAUCGAAGGUCAUGCAAGAAUCAAGCGGUCUCAUAAUGCGGAGGAUAAACAAGAUUCAACCCCUGAAAGCAACAGCAAUGAUGAUAAUAAUAAUAGCAAGAGAGUUAUAUAUGAAGACGUGUCUUUGGAGAGAGGGGCUUUCUUGGUGCAGCAAGCCAUGAGGGCAUUCCGAGCUCAGAAUAUAGAAAGUGCCAAAUCAAGACUUAGUCUUUGUGCAGAAGACAUCAGAGGUCAGUUAGAAACUAUGGGUAACACGUCAGAGUUGUGUUCUCAGCUUGGAGCGGUUCUCGGAAUGCUUGGCGACUGCAGUCGGGCAACAGGAGAUGCUGGUUCAGCAGUCAGUUACUUUGAAGAGAGUGUUGAGUUUCUUUCAAAACUGCCCAGAAACGAUCAGGAGAUAACACAUACACUUUCAAUUUCACUUAAUAAAAUUGGAGAUCUUAAAUACUAUGAUGGAGACCUGAAAGCUGCGCGGUCUUACUACUUCCAGUCAUUGAAUGUUCGACGUGAUGCUGUCAAGGAUGAUCCAAAUGUUCCAUCCCAGCUUCUGGAUCUAGCUGUUUCGUUUGCAAAAGUUGCAGACGUUGACAGGAAUCUAGGAGAUGAGGAUGUUGCAAUUGAUGAAUUUCAAGAAGGCAUAAAAUUGUUGGAAUCUUUGACGUUAAAAUCUGAAGACACUGGUCUUGAGCAACGGCGGCUUUCAGUGCUUGAGUUCCUUAAGAGUCAAAUUGUGGAGAAGCAAACCUAAUUCAACAUCUGGCGUCAGCUCUUCCCCCAAAAGAGUGAUCUACUUAAAUAAACUAGCUUUGCUUCUAAUAUCCAAAUGAGCUUCUGCUAGGCAAGUAAUAAGUCAUGUUAGCAGCUCAGUCUGAGGGAGAUUGAUUGGUGCAGUGGCAUCAAAAUGAAGUGCCGGGCGCUAUUGCCCUGUAUCUUCUGCAAUUGAUGCCUUCAUAGACUUAACCACUCAGUUGUAUAUAGAAGUGUUAUCCACUAUAUAAUGCACACGAGCAUUUUUUUUGAUAUCUUUUCUCAUCCCCUGUUCACUUUCUCUACAUUUGUUAUAAAUUUCAUCCCCACUUUUCUCCGCACGAUAAGAACUAUUUGCCGGCAUCUUCAAUACUAUAUUGUUGUAAAGUUGUAUAAAUUCAAUAUAUUCAACUAAUAUGAGAAUCCCCAUAUGUUGAGUA